GGAAAUCAAUCCCCGCCGAGCGGACCGACGUCAGACGUGUCAAGCAACUGCGCCGCUGACAACCCCCGCUGCAGCCCGGUGUGUCCUCCGCGCUUCUCCUGCAUGCAUCGAUUCAUUUCGAGACUUUCUGUAACAAAGCAAACAAUCAGCAACAAGAAAUAGAUCACGACAUAUUUACCUUCGUCUCUACCAUAUACCCAACCUACAGUAACUGCUUGCGACACCACGCGAUUUCCAUCCCGACACCAAAGCGUAUAUCCAUAACACAGUACCGAGGCACUCUCUUCAGAGAGCCCCACGUCUCGAUCAUCAACAACAACACCACACGAGGACCCCAACAACAACAACAACAACACCCACCAUCAACCAACAGCUACAAUGUCUCUCAACGUAGCCCAACGUCGUCUCCUCCAAGAAUACCGCGCUCUCACCAACAACCCACCCGAAGGCAUCACCGCGGGCCCCAUCUCCGAAGACGACCUGCUGCACUGGGAAUGCCUGAUCCAAGGGCCCGAAGGCACCCCCUUUGAGGGCGGCGUGUUCCCCGCAGAACUCAAGUUUCCGAAUGAUUACCCGCACAUGCCGCCGACCAUGAAGUUUCUGGGGGAUAUAUUUCAUCCUAAUGUCUACCCCUCAGGUCUGGUCUGCAUCUCGAUCCUCCACCCACCCGGCGACGACCCGAACCACUACGAGACUGCCUCGGAGAGAUGGUCACCUAUACAGUCUGUCGAGAAAAUCUUGCUAUCUGUUAUGAGCAUGUUGGCGGAGCCUAACGACGAGAGUCCGGCGAACGUGGAGGCGGCCAAGAUGUGGAGGGAGAAGAGGAGCGAGUACGAAGCGAGGGUGAAGGCGAGUGUGAGGGCUAGUUUGGGGCUUUAAGGGCAUGGAGAGUUGGGAAGAAAGAGGAUAAAGAGAGUAAUGGAAGGGCGGGUUCGUUGUGUGAAGUGGUUGAAGAAGGAUUCAUGGAUAGAGAGCGAGAACGGGGGUGGUGGUGGUGGUGGUGGUAAAGAGUGGUGAAAGAAUCUCGGAGUGACUAAGCACUUUGAACAAGAGGAAGGGUGGUGGUU